ACAAGACAAGUGCUUUUGUUGAAGGAAACUUCAUGUUCGGUUUGAAAGAGUGAAGAGAGGAGGAUUGAGGAAGGAAAACACAAAGACGACGACGACGAAGACCGAAACUCAGACGCAGAGAGAUUGAUAGAGAGAGAAGCGAGAUGAGGGUGUGGUUUUUGUUCGCCUCCUUGUUGUUGCUAAUAACUCUCUCCAAUGGCUUUAGAUCAUCUCGAUUUCUGCACCGCAUCGCUGGCAGUAGCAAUUACUUGACCAAUCAAGAACUCUGGUUCAAUCAGACUCUCGAUCAUUUCUCCCCAAUCGAUCACCGUCAAUUUUCACAGCGGUACUAUGAAUUCCUUGACCACUUCCGACUUCCUGAUGGACCAAUUUUCCUGAAAAUAUGUGGUGAAUCUGCUUGCAAUGGGAUAGCCAAUGACUAUAUCAGUGUUCUGGCAAAGAAGUUUGGAGCAGCAGUGGUUUCUCUUGAGCAUCGGUACUAUGGGAAGAGUUCUCCCUUUAAAUCUUUAAAAACAGAAAAUCUGAAAUAUCUUUCAUCAAAGCAGGCUCUAUUUGAUUUGGCUGUCUUCCGUCAAUAUUACCAGGAAUCCUUGAAUGUGAAGCUAAAUAGAUCAAAUGUUGAAAAUCCCUGGUUCGUUUUUGGUGUUUCAUAUUCUGGAGCUCUUAGUGCAUGGUUCCGUCUGAAAUUCCCUCACUUGACGUGUGGAAGCCUUGCGAGCUCUGCAGUUGUUCAAGCUGUUUACAACUACACUGAAUUUGACCAGCAGAUUGGUGAGUCAGCUGGUCCAGAAUGUAAAUCUGUAUUACAAGAAGUUAAUCAACUUGUUGAACAAAAGCUUGAAUCGAAUGGGAAAGCAUUGAAGACAUUGUUUGGUGCAGCUGAGCUUAAGAUUGAUGGUGAUUUCAUGUAUUUUCUGGCAGAUGCUGCAGCUAUAGCAUUCCAAUAUGGAAAUCCAGAUAUACUAUGCUCGCCUCUUGUUCAGGCAAAGAAGGCUGGGGAGGAUUUGGUGGAUGCAUAUGCCAAAUAUGUAAAAGAGUACUACACUGGGAGUUUUGGUGUUGAUGUCCAAACAUAUAAUCAGCAAAAUUUGAAGCACACUGACAGUGGUGAUCGGUUGUGGUGGUUCCAAGUGUGUACUGAAGUUGCAUAUUUCCAGGUGGCACCCUCAAAUGAUAGCGUUCGCUCUUCAAAGGUUGACACAAGCUAUCAUUUGGACCUUUGCAGAAAUGUGUUUGGAGAGGGCAUCUAUCCUGAUGUUGUUGCAACAAAUAUAUACUAUGGGGGCACAAAAAUUGCUGGUUCAAAAAUAGUUUUCACAAAUGGCUCGCAGGAUCCCUGGCGGCAUGCAUCGAAACAGACCUCAUCCCCAGAUAUGCCUUCCUACCUCAUCUCUUGCCAUAAUUGUGGCCAUGGAACUGAUAUGCGAGGAUGUCCCCAAUCUCCUUUAAGUCCUGAAGGUGAUGCCCGGAAUUGCAGCUCUCCCGACGCAGUUCACAAAGUAAGGCUGCAGGUCAUUGAACAAAUAGACUUGUGGCUGUCUCAGUGCCAAGCCACCGGUAGAAAAAGUAUGUAAUACAGUUAUCGCAGAGGCAUCUAAAUAUGAAAAUUGUUGCCUAACUAACCUUAAUCUUAUGUUAUGCAUCACCUUCUCAACACGAAGAUAUUCCCUUUAUGACUCUUGUGUUGUGUAUUAGACCUAUACAAAUGGCGAAUAAAAUGUAAUAUUUAUUGUA